AUGGCAGAAGCCAGUAUUUCAUGUGCUGAGGAUCAGUUCUGCUGUCCAGUGUGUCUGGAUCUGCUGAAGGUUCCAGUGACGAUUCCCUGUGGACACAGUUACUGUAUGAGCUGCAUCUCAGACGUCUGGGAUCAAGAAGAUCAGAAAGGAAUCUACAGAUGUCCUUUGUGCAAACAAACCUUCAGUCCAAGACCUGUUUUAGGUAAAAAUGUGGUGAUUGCUGAAAUGGUGGAGAAACUGACGAAGACGAGACUCCAAGCUGCUGGUCCUGCAGUUCAUCACACUGAAUCUGGAGAUGUGCAGUGCGACUCCUGCACUGGAAUUAAACAGAAAGCUGUUAAAUCGUGUCUGGAGUGUCAAAGCUCUUACUGUCAAAAUCAUCUUGAACAGCACGAGAAUCUCUUCAGAAGUAAAAAACACAAUCUGAUGGACGCCACUGGACGACUGCAGGAGAUGAUCUGCUCUCAGCAUGAUAAAAUGCUGGAAAUGUAUUGCCGUACUGACCAGCGAUGUAUCUGUAUGAUGUGUUUGGUGGAUGAACACAAAAGUCAUGACACUGUAUCAGCUGUAGCAGAACGGAAAGAGAAACAGAGAUAUUUUGAGGAUACACAGAGAAAUAUCCAGAAAAUAAUCCAGCAGAAAGAGAAAGUUUUUCAGGAGCUGAGAGAGGCUGUGAAGUCUCAUAAGCGCUCUGCACAGACAGCAGUGGAGGACAGUGAGAGGAUCUUUACUGAACUCAUCCGCUCCAUUGAGAAAUGUCGCUCUGAGGUGAAGCAGCUGAUCAGACAUCAGGAAAGAGCUGCAGUGAGUAAAGCUGAAGAACUACUGGAGCAACUGGAGCUGGAGCUCGAUGAUCUGAGGUGGAGAGACGCUGAGCUGAAGCAGCUUUCAGAAACAAAGGAUCAUGUUCAUUUCCUCAAAAGUUUGUCGUCUGUAUCUUUCUCUGAAUCUACAGAUGGCUUCACGGUCACUAAUCAUUCUUUUGAUGAUGUAGUGAAAUCAGUCUCUCAACUCAGAGACAAACUGCAGCAAUUCUCCAUAGAUGAGGCAGAAAAUAUAUCUAAAAGAGUGAAAAUCAUCCAGGUCAUUCAGACUCCUGAAUAUCAGGCCAGAGAGGAGUUCCUACAAUAUUCUCAUCCAAUGGAAUUCACAGCCAAGGAGUCCAAACCCCCGGCCUCCACCUCCGCAAGCCCGUUUGAGGGGUGGAAGUCCACACUCCCGGCCUCCACCCCCGCAGACCCAUUCGAGGGGAGGGCCACACUCCCGGCCUCCACCCCCGCAGACCCAUUCGAGGGGAGGGCCACACUCCCGGCCUCCACCCCCGCAGACCCAUUCGAGGGGAGGGCCACACUCCGGACCUCUACCCCCGCAGGCCCGUUUGAGGGGUGGAAGUCCAAACCCCCACCCCAUAAACCUACUUGAGCCGAUGGAGUCCAAACUACCACGCACCUCCCUCCCCUUACUUAUUUGAGCUGAGGGUGCCCAAACAAUCCCGCCACCCACCCUGUGAUUUACUUAAACUGUUAAUUUUGAAUAAUCACAAUGUACUAAAUUAAUAUGUUUGACAGUUAAAAAUGUUUAAAUUGUUCGUUGUUUGCACAGAUUUGCCCAUCUGUUUGUAAGCUUGGCUUGU